GGCGUUUCCUGGCCUUUUUCGCUCUCUGUACUUCCCAGGGCCUUGAGAGCAGCAGUUGGUGAGUCCAACCGGCCGGGUCGGCUGCUGUCGGCCCUCUGUUGCAUUCCCCGGUGCCAGAUAGUCAUCCAACCAUCCAUCUGUGUGUGGAGAGAGAAGCUGAAGUCAAGCAAGAAGAAGCAGAAUAGUCGAGAGUCCGCCCGUCCGUCCGUCAGGGAUGGGUCUGUUUCGUUUGUUUCGGCUAUGCUUCUCCGUUCCUCUCCGUUUGUUUCUGGACACGGUGCUGUUCCUCUCCCUCCUGGGCUUUCUCCCCUGGUUCUGCUGCUUCCGCCUGUGGGAGGGGGGCCUCAAGGUCUUCUUCGGCGCCAUCCAAGUGCUGCUCGAGUUCCAACGCACACAAUGGAGGAGGUGCGAAAGAAAGCCAUACACACACGGACAGGGAGGGAGGGAGGGAGGGAGGGGCCCAGCGACAAGGUGGAUGGAUGGAUGGAUGGAUGGCUUUGUUGUCAUGUCAGGUUGUUGAGUCUGCUGCGGCCGUUCCAGUGGCAGUUCGACGCUCUCUUCGCCCGGCACUACUUCCAGCUAAAGCGGCGGGUCGUGUCGAUCAUCCGGCCGCUGGUGCACAUCACCAAGCACUUCAUCGACUUCCUCAUCGAGUCGCUCCUGACCAGGAUGUAUGUGCUGGGCCAGUGGGUCAAAGCCGGCUCGGCUGCCGGCUUCAUCGCUGUGUCGCUGACGGUGCUGCUGUUCGAGACGCUCCGUGAGAGCGUGAGGAACGCCAUCAGUGCGGUCAGGCGGACGAGGGAGAGGCUUGGGCAGGCCGUCGUGUGGCUACAGAAGGCACUCUCGGCGGACAGUGAGGUCGGAGAGCCGGGGGGCGGACACAUCGGUAGUGUCUGUCUGUGAGUGUGUGUGUGUGGAUGGGAUGGCUUCAGGCGCUGAGCAGGCGAUUCAUCUUGUAUCGGAUACUCGACACACGACUCACCAAGGCAGAGAACACCGUCAUCGGAUGCCUGGCGGUGUGCACACUCCUACACACACACACCCCUCUAUGUAUCUCACAGUCGUGUUGUGUUGAUGUGUGUGGAUGUUUGGGUGGCGGCAGCGUGCGACCAAGAACAUAGACACGGCUGUCGGCCAGGCGCAGGAUGUGGCCUCCGGCAUGGCCCUUGACAUCCGCCUCACCUCAUGGUCGACACGACUCAGGAUACUCCCUGACCCUGCAGCACUCCGGUCAGUGAGGGAGGGACCACACACAGGCACGCAAACGCGGCGAGCGACUUGGAUGUGUGUGGUCUCUUUCUGUGCCUACGUGCAGCCCGUUCUCGCCGUGGAUGGUGAUUCGCCACCCCGAGCGAGCCGGCCAUCGCAAGACAUACAGAGGGUGGCUGGGCUGGCUGACAGAACCAACGACACAUGGAUGGAUGUGUGCGUGACUGUGUGGUGUGUCAGAUAUGGGUUGUGGUGUGUGACCAUCAUGGAGGCCAAGGCCGUGGAUCGCACCGCCACUGAGGCGGGCCGCUUCAGGGACCCCUGGAGCUACCCAUACGUGCGGGUGGGGCGCGACGGGCUCCACUUCUUCCGCACUGUCACGGCACACCACAACGGCACACAGUGGAACUUCGCCUUCAUGCUGCCGGUACAUUUACACACACACACUGACACACACACACACGCACACAAACCGAUGGAUCCACUGUGUUUUGUCGUGUCGUCCCGGCGGGUCACACAGGUGUACCAUCCGCACAGCGAGCUGACGUUGGAGCUGUUGGAUUACGACCCCGUGACGGGGUGGUCGCACCCCAUCGGCCUCAUGGCCUUCCCCGCAUGGAGGCUCCAAACCAACAAACGCAGGCAGGGUCAGUGAGUGAUUCGAUGAUGAGUGAGGCAGGCCACCACGCCACAGAUGGAUGCAGGCUAUCCGUCCCAGAACUGGGUGCUGCGAUGGGUGCUUUCUUGUGUGUGUCAGGUUGGGCGGCGCUGUACGCCCCGCCGGCAGUGCACGGCCCUCCCGCCCCUCCCGGCGUCACGGCCUGGCUCAGACUCACCAUGGAAUUCAGAGUCCAGUCCGUCUUUCACGUGAGCGAAGCGACCGACCCGCCAAAGCACCGCACCCCUCUCUCUGCAUGUGUGGUGUGGGUGGAUCCAUGGGGUGACGUCUGUCUGCUGUCAUGUGUAUCUUUCAUUCAUUGUCACGCAGGAGAUCAUCGCCCACGCGUUGCCGAUGCCCAAGAAGAAGCAGACUUCCCACUCCAAGGCGGUCAGCCAGGCCAGCGGCAUCAUCAAGCCCAGUGACCCCGAUUUCCCCGCCUCCAUCGGCGACCCCCUGAGCCUCAACACUGCCAUCCGACCCAAGGACGGCUUCCUCACUGGCGGCGAUGGCGCGCGCCGCUCGCCACCGCAGUCUCAGCGAUCGCCACUCGGGUGAGGCGACGCGCAGAACAGACAUGUGAAUGGCCGGCACCAUGCCUGUGUGUGUCUGUGUUGUGUGUUGUGUGUUGUGUGUUGUGGGUGGGUGUAGUGGUUUGGUGAGUCCUGGUGGUUCGUCCGAGGGCGAGGGUGAGGACGAGCAGAUGAUGCAGUCGCUCAUCGGGGCGGCCAUGGUGCUAAGGGAUCAGCUUGUCAAGAGAGGCAUCACAAGACUCAAAGAGGUCACACACAUACACAGAGAGAGAGAGAGAGAUCGUCACACAUCGCUCGCUGUACUGUCCAUCUUGGUGUUGUGCAUGCCCUUCCCCCGCCCAGGCGGUGUCUCUGGUGCUUCGGUGGCAGUACCCCUUUCUGUCCGUCACGGCCACGGUGCUCUUCUGGGCCACCUGCUUCAACAUCGACCUCCUCCCUGCCCUCCUGCUCUUCCUCACCCUGUCCACGCUCGUCCACUACUACUACCGCACUUACAACAAGGCCCCUCACGCACGCUCACGGCCUCUCUCCCACCCGCCCUCGUCAUUCCUCCCCGCCACGCCCAUCAACCGGAGGCACAGAGGGUCCCCUCGUGGCGGGGCACAGCGGUCGCCAGCACACUCCCCCACCGGCCCCUCACAGCAGCCACGCUCUCCCCCGAUGAGAUCCUUCCUUAGCCCCUUCACGCUGCGGGCCCGCCGUCCUCCCGCCGAGGGGCAGGAGAGCGUCCCGUCAGUGCCGAGCAGUCUGGUGUUGCCGCCCCCUCGUGUGGCCGAGGGCGGCCUGGGGAUGGGCGGCAUGCAUGCCGGACCAGCAGCACAGACACAGGGGGCGCGAGACUUUGAGCGAGAUCGGGAUCAGGAGGAGGAGACGGCACUGGAGGCGCCUAUAGUGGUGGUGCCGUCGUCGAUGGGCGCGACGGUCAAGGAGCCCCCUGCGGGCAUGUCACUGCCGCUGCGGCUGAGGCUGCUAUUCCGCCUGCUGCCCGCCAGCGUCAAGAAUGUCCUGGUGGCCUACGUCAGGCCCGUCAUCCUCGGCAUUGCAUACGUGGUCGGCAAGGUGAGUGAGCUGCAAAGUCAAUCAACGGGGAACGAGGGAGGGAGGGAGCUGUGCGGGCGGACAAGAGCGGUCAUCUCUCUGCGUGUUUGUUGCAUCUCAUCUAGAUUGACGAUUUGUUCCACUGGAACAACGUGUACGAGAGCUGGCUGUUCAUGGCACUGCUCAUGCUAUGCGGUGCCAGCUAUGUGAUGGCGGGCCUCUCUCUCCGAGUGUUCCUCUGGUCGCUCUGGUCGGGCACCUUGGCACUCGUCUUCUGGAUGUUCGUCCUCGCAGGUAUAUACGUCAGCCACACCAAUACACACACACACCCCGUCAACAGUGACAGACGUCUCUCUCUUUGCUGCGUGUGUGUGAUCCUUCCUUGAUGGUCAGGCUCCUACGUGCUGUUGCGCCAGAGCCCGCCCUACCGAUUCUGCUAUGCCAUUCUGCUGGGCGUCCGCACUUUGUUCCUUCGCCAGUUCUACGCCCUCAUUUUGGAGCAUGAAGUGCCAAGCCUGCCCCAGGCGAUGCCCAACGGCCUCUCGCCUCAAAGCAUCACCGAGUCCACCCGACCACCCACACCUUGACUUGACGACGGAGGCAGAAAGAGAAGACUGACUGACUGACAGGAUGCCCGGCCGUCGUUGUCAGGCUUUUUUGUGCGCGGGGGGCUUUGUGUCGUGGGCGCGGCGAGGAGGCGGCAUGAUUGCAUUGCAGUCAGUCAGUUUUUUCUGAAGUUUGUAUGUUGUGGUUGGUUGUGCGUGCGGUUGGAGGUUGUGCGUGUGGUACGUCCGUAUGUGUGUAAGGGUGUACGGGUGUCUGUCUGUCUGUCUGUCUGUCUGUCUGUCGAUACGCGACUGUCUGUCUGCCUGCCUGCCUGUCUGGCGGUCUGUCUGUCUGCCUGUCUGUCUUUCUGUGUGCCCGUCUCGUCCUUCUGCCUGUCCUCCUAGCCUUCAUAAUUGGUCCGGAUGCCUAGGCCUGUCUGCCAUGAUUGACUUGCUCUAUUUGUCUGCUGGUUGUACGACUCGGGAGCCUCCGUGGAACGACUUUAACGUCCAACAUUCGCCCGAUUU